AUGCCUGCCACGCCCACGACCAAGAAAAAUAUAAAUAGUUCUUCAUGUGCGACAGCACUUCACACGCCACAGACAGCACUUCACACGCCACAGACAGCACUUCACACGCCUCAGACAGCACUUCCCACGUACACACAGCACUUCACACGCCACAUAUACCACUUCACACGCCACAGACAGCACUUCACACGUAUACAGACAGCACUUCACACGCCACUGACAGCACUUCACACGUACACAGACAGCACAUCACACGCCACAGACAGCACUUCACACGCCACUGACAGCACUUCACACGUACACAGACAGCACAUCACACGCCACAGACAGCACUUCACACGCCACAGACAGCACUUCACACGCCACAGACAGCACUUCACACGCCACAGACAGCACUUCACACGCCACAGACAGCACUUCACACGCCACAGACAGCACUUCACACGUACACAGACAGCACUUCACACGUACACAGACAGCACUUCACACGCCACAGACAGCACUUCACACGUACACAGACAGCACUUCACACGCCACAGACAGCACUUCACACGUACACAGACAGCACUUCACACGCCACAGACAGCACUUCACACGCCACAGACAGCACUUCACACGCCACAUACAGCACUUCACACGCCACAGACAGCACUUCACACGCCACAGACAGCACUUCACACGCCACAGACAGCACUUCACACGCCACAGACAGCACUUCACACGCCACAGACAGCACUUCACACGUACACAGACAGCACUUCACACGUACACAGACAGCACUUCACACGCCACAGACAGCACUUCACACGUACACAGACAGCACUUCACACGUACACAGACAGCACUUCACACGUACACAGACAGCACUUCACACGCCACAGACAGCACUUCACACGACACAGACAGCAUUUCACACGUACACAGACAGCACUUCACACGCCAAAAACAGCACUUCACACGUACACAGACAGCACUUCACACGCCACGGACAGCACUUCACACGUACACAGACAGCACUUCACACGCCACAGACAGCACUUCACACGUACACAGACAGCACUUCACACGUACACAGACAGCACUUCACACGUACACAGACAGCACUUCACACGUACACAGACAGCACUUCACACGUACACAGACAGCACUUCACACGUACACAGACAGCACUUCACACGACCACAGACAGCACUUCACACGUCCACAGACAGCACUUCACACGUAUACAGACAGCACUUCACACGCCACAGACAACACUCCACACGUACACAGACAGCACUUCACACGUACACAGACAGCACUUCACACGUACACAGACAGCACUUCACACGCCACACAGCCCUUCACACGACACAGACAGCACUUCACACGUACACAGACAGCACUUCACACCCCAACUAUAUCAUCCACGACUCAAGACCACUCAUCGUUCUCUACUUCCAAUCAUCCAUCACCCACCUGCAACAUCCUAACACCACAGUCACCCCAAGGGCCCUCAUCCAUCACCCACCACUCACCCUCAACACCCUGCCGCCCACCUAG